AUGUCAUCUCCAGAUUUAGAUGAUGAGUUUGAUGACUUUUUUGAUGAACACUUUGAUAAUCUAUUUCCAGAUUACCUAGAUGAUUACGGCAAUGAUCAACAACCAACUACUUCAAGGUGGCCAAGAGCUUUUAUUGAAAGAGGAUGCGAGGAAGGGAAUACUUGUUUAUGGAAUGAUUAUUUCAGCGAAAAUGCUACUUACUCUGAAGCUAGUUUCCGUCUUCGUUUUCGAAUGAACAAGCCAUUGUUCAAACGUAUUGUUGAUGCACUAUCGAAUGAAGUACCAUAUUUCCAACAAAUAAGAGAUGCUACGGGAAGGUUGGGUGUGUACGGAUUACAAAAGUGUACAGCAGCCAUUCGUAUUUUGGCAUAUGGAUGUGUAGUUGAUGCGGUGGAUGAAUACCUCCGCCUCGCAGAUAGCAUUGCAAUGCUAUGCUUGGAAACUUUUGUGGAGGGAAUUAUAUAUUUGUUUCAGGAUACGUACCUAAGAAGACCUACAUCAGAGGAUCUCCAACGAUUACUCAGUCAAGGAGAGGCACGCGGAUUUCCCGGGAUGAUAGGAAGCAUUGAUUGUAUGGAUUGGGAAUGGAAGAAUUGUCUAACAGCUUGGAAAGGACAGUAUUCUCAUGGAUAUGGAAAACCUACAAUCGUUUUAGAGGCUGUGGCGUCGCAAGAUCUCUGGAUUUGGCAUGCAUUUUUUGGUCCUCCAGGUACUUUAAAUGAUAUCAAUGUUCUUGACCGUUCACCAGAUUUUGAUGACAUAUUAGAAGGUCGAGCUCUGAGAGUAGAUUACUUUGUCAAUUGA